GUACUCAGUUUUACUCGGACGAACCCUAGGCUGAACAGGAUAGAAAGACCCAAUCCCCUUUGCCCCACUCGACACCAGGAUUCAAAGAUGCUCUCGACUUUGAUAUAGAAAAGUAGCUCUCAGCCCCCCGCAUAUUUUAAUGGCUCCCUGCCGCGGUUUGUUGGGCUCCGUCGCUUCCACCAGUCAGCAUCGCAUCCAUCCUCCUCCCCCCUAUUUAAUCAAACGGAGCAGAGUCCAUUUUUGCUCGGCCUUCUUGAUCACACAGCUAACUAGAUCGAGCGAAGUCAACGGAUCUCGCGCAUAGUUCUCAAAGGUCUUCCAGGCCGGUGUUUCCGGAAGCUCCAGCUCUGCUGGUCACCUGUGGGGCGAUUAACCAUUGUUCAGAUUUAAAGUUUUCCUGGUUGGUGUUUCCGGAAGCUCCAGCUCUGUUGGUCACCUUUGGAGCCACCAACCAUUCUUCAGAUUUAAAAAAUGGCUGAUCAAGCAAGUGAACUUGAAGCCCUGGAGCUCAUAUUGACAGAUGCAAAUGCAGAGCCUACCAAGCUAUCAUAUGCACUUAUAAAGUCAAUUACAACAAAUUUCUCUCAAGAGAUUGGUCGUGGUGGUUUUGGAGUCGUUUACCUGGGAGUUCUUCGGAAUGAGAAAGUUGCUGUCAAGAAACUUUUUAUAGAGCAGGAUUUUUCUGGUGAGCUAUUUGUGGAUGAGGUUAACUGUUUAGUAAGGGCAAAACACAAUAAUAUAGUAAGAUUCUUAGGCUAUUGUGCGGAUACACAAGGGGAAUUGGUAAAAUUUGAUGGAAGACAUGUUAUGGCAGAGCUACGACAAAGGUUGCUCUGCUUUGAGUAUGUUCCUAAUGGAAACCUUCACGAUUACAUUAAAGGGAUAUCUCAUGGAGAUGAAUGGCAAAUACGCUAUAAAAUGAUUAAGGGAAUUUGUCAUGGAUUGCAAUAUCUUCAUAAAGAACGUAUCGCCCAUUUGGAUUUGAAGCCAGACAAUGUUCUGCUCGACGCUUACAUGGAACCGAAAAUUACAGACUUCGGUUUGUCAAGAUUAUUUGAUGAAGGACAAUCUAGAGUGUUUACAAAAAACAUUCCUGGAACACGGGGAUAUAUUGCACCAGAGAUCAUAGACAAAGGAUAUAUUGCAGGGGAUAUAUUGCACCAGGAAUUGUAGUCUCAAAGCUAUUAGUGGGGCAGAACAAUUAUGACAUUGAAAAUUGGCAUGAAUCAUUAGAUGUGGACUGCACACAAGCGAAGAGCUGCAUCCAAAUAGCUCAAUCUUGUAUGGAAGCUGACCAACAUAAGCGACCUACAGUAGAGGAAAUAAUCAAGAAACUGAAUGAGAUGGAGAGCCUAGGGUCUUCCAUAUACAGGACAAACUCAUCCGACUCAGAGAACCUGAUUCAGGUAGAGCCUCUUGAACUCCAUUUCCACUUGGAGCCAAACACGCACAUAUCAGUGACACAAAAACUAAAGCUAGCCAAUAUUACUGAUGGCUACGUUGCUUUCAAUGCAAUGGAAUGGUCCAGCAUGGCGAAGUAUGGAUUCUCUUGGUCAGGGCCAAGCAGAGGAGUCUUGUUACCACGGUCCACGCGUGAACUUGGGCUAAUAAGGGAAGCACAUGAGAUGUCACCACUGUCUGUGCAGUGCAAUGACGUGCUCAUUGUGCGGAGCACCGUGGUGAGCGAGGGUUUCAAGACCCGCUACAUAACUCCGGACAUGUUCAAAACACACACGGGUAGAAAAGUGCAUGAGGUGAAAUUGGGCAUUCUUGUUGUACCAUCCGUAGCAGAGUCCUCAGCACGUACAACACAUACUCUAUCAAUGUCUCCAACAGAAAACCAGGAUCUCGAAAAGGCCAAAGAGGAGCUUCAUAGGUUGGGUUUAAGUGCACAUGAGAGACCACAUGGCACAAAUGCUCAGGUGAGUUCCCUAACUAAGGCUAAUUAGGACUCUUCUUUGUAUUCCUUUUGUUUAAGAUUACUACCUUAUCUCCUCUCUUUUAAUUGUAUAUAUUUGGCAUAAGUCCCAUGAAAUACACUAUCAAGUUGCUCUCAUCAUAACAUUAAUCAUAUUUAGCAAUGGGACCCCCACAAACUGACAGGUUUAAUCAUAUCCGAAUCAUGAUUUUGGCUAUAAAAUCUGGUUCAGCUUUAUCAUUUGUAACAAAUACGUGUUACAUAUAUUUUUACCUUUCUGUUGCCAAAGCAGACAACGUUAGCUAGCCAGUAUUGCAUAAAACUAAAUAUCCCUGUGAAGCUGAACACACUGUUAAUGCUUAGUGCUUAAUUUUUGUUGACUGUUAAAUGCAUUGGCCUUCCAUUAACUUCAGAUGAGCCAAGAAACUGCAAGAUCCACCGAGCACCUUGCCAUCCACCCCCUGGAGCUUCGAUUCCUUUUUGAGCAAAACAACUUGAUUACGUGGGCACUUUACCUAAGGAACAACACAGAUCACCGCUUUGCCUUUAGACUCGUAUCAGGGAGCCCAGAUAGGUAUUAUGACAAGGGGCUCUACGGCAACAUUCCACCGAAGUCAACCUACACCCUCUUUGUAAGAAUGAGGGGCUGGCAGCAGCCAGCGCCGCACAAGGAUGAGUUUGUGAUUCAGAGCAGCGUAAUGAGCGAUGAAGAGCUGAAGGAUAUCGGACAAGUAAGAGCCGAUAUCGACUACUGUAAUUUUUUUUCUGAUGUAAAAGAGAAGAACGCUCAUUCGGUGCAUGAGGUGACGCUCCAAGCUGUUUUUGAACUGCAAAGAGAGAUAAUAAAUGUUGAGAUCAUACCCAUGGAGAAGUUCACUAAAAUAUUCUCUAUGGAUGUGCAUCCAACAAAGCCGUGGAUUAUAACAAGUCAUUUCGAAAGCCACUUUUGUAUUUGGAACUAUCAAACUAAGCCGCAGGAAUUGGUUCAUGAGCAAAAAGGCUUGCCAUUUUUGACAGCUAGUUUCAUUGAAAGGGAGCAGUGGAUUGUGGCUGGAACCGCCGGAGAUCGUAAAGGUUGGAUCUAUGUGUACAAUUAUGAUACAUGGGAGGAAGUCAAGAAUCUGAAGGCUCAUAAUGCAUCAAUCACUUCUUUGGCUGUUCACCCAACUAAGACUUACGUAUUGUCAGCAUCCCAUGACUACGAUAUUGAGCUGUGGGACUGGAAAAAGGGCUGGAAAUCUGCUCAGACAUUUAAGGGACACAAAGGUUCUGUGUACCAAAUAGCAUUUAAUCCCAAAGAUGCAACUAUUUUUGCUAGUGUUUCCCAGGACAAGACUAUUAAGAUUUGGAGUCUUGAUUCUCCCCGUUCUAACCUCACGUUGGCUGGCCAUACAUCCAAAGUGAGAUGUUUGGAUUACUUUUCUCGUGGUGAUAAGCAAUUUUUAAUUACAGGAUCUGAUGAUAAGACUGCCAAGAUUUGGGAUUUGCAGACAAAUAGUUGUAUUAAAACACUUGAAGGGCACACAAGUAGAGUCAGUACCGUCUGUUCCCAUCCUAUGCUUCCAAAAGUAAUGACAGGUUCGUGGGACGGAACUGUUCGUCUUUGGAACUCAACUACCUUCAUGCUCGAGGGUAUACUUAACUUCAGCCUCUAUGAAGUUCAUGCAUUGAGGUGUAGUAUUACGGAAGACUUGAGAAGGGUUAUGAUCGGGCAUAAGGAUGGAUUGGUAAUUAUGGAGGUUGACCAUGAAGGAAAUUUCGUUGUCGCGGGCAGCAGGGGAAAUACCAUUUGAUAUGUUCUCCUCCGUCCGGAAAUACUUGUCCUAGAUCUAUAACUAAAAUAAGUCUAG